CAGCGCUGCAGCUGUGCCCCGGGGUGCAGGGGGGACCCAUUGGGCACAUCCCUAGCGUGGGACCCGAUGACCGGGCGGGCCUAGUGCUGCCAGUGUGAGUAUGUGGGGGGUAGCGCCCCUCGUCCCCCCCCCGCCAAAUCUCCGCAUGCUCCUGCCCCACGCACCCCGCCGGAGCCGUGUGCAGCACGGGCUGUGACCGCCAGGGGGCAGCAGAGAGCGCCGCUCCGACUGGCGCCUCCGCGGCCUUUGGCGCCCCCUGGCGGCCGCAGUUCGCCCUCCGCUCGGGAGCGGGGCCGGUUCCGGUCCCGGGGUUCCCGGGGGAUGCACCGAGCGGAGCGGAGCGGCUGCCCCAUGGCCGCACGCGUGUCCUGGGGGCCGGAGCCCGGGGCGGCGAGGACGCAGGAGCGGAGACUGGCAGGGCGCGGCGGUGCAGGUCCUCCUUUAGAAGCUGUAUCUGAGGGUCCUCGGGAGUCAGAGACAGCAAACACUUCAGUCGCUCUGCCUGUUCUUUGCCAUCCGUGCUGCUGCCACCUCUCCAGAAGGACACCUCGUCUUUGUCAAUGGCAGGGAUCGUGCACAUGUCGGAAGUGCCUGACUGCGCCUAGUGCAAUAGGUGCGGGGAUGCUGCUCGCUCCGUGACAGCAGGGGAUGCACGCUGCACAUGGAAAAAGGUAGUGCCGAGCCUGAGCUGAGGGAGCCCAUAAGCGCUGGGAGAACAAGCAGAAUAUGAGCGAGAACAGCCACUUUCCAUGGUCUGCUGCAGAUUGCUGUGAGCUGCAUUCCUCGGGCUCGCAGCCGGCCAUGCUGGCCUGCGGCGGCGGGGAAGAGCAGCUCAGCCUCCCACAGCCUGCCAGCGGGACAGCCAGCCCCUGGGAUGAUGCUCAGCCCUCGCCAGGAGCCGAGGGGGAGUGCGGGGGCCAAGGGGACGAACAUCUGGAAGCGUCGGCGGAGCCGGGCGAGGCGCAGGGCGCGCGGGGACUGGGCACGGACGCUGCCAGCGAGAGCGGCGGUGAGGACGGGCCGGCUCUGGCGAACAGCACAGACACAGAGCUGGCUGCGGGGCAGGAGCAGACCUUGCCGCAGCAGUGGGACAUCAACGUGCCCAACCAAAGCUGUGUGGACACGGGGGAGAGGGGAUCCCCACGCCAGGAGGUGCCCAGCGAGGCCCUCAGCAAGGAGGGGUGGCACAGCGUCCUGGGCUCCUCAGAAGCUCUAAGUGCCGACGAACCAGAGGAACAGCUUGGGUUUGCUUCUGGAGAUGUCAAGCUGAGCUCCAGUGAGGAUGACAAGGAACAUUUUCAAUUCAAAGACAUCAGGGAUGGGUUCAGCUCAACCUUUGAGAAGAUUGUUGAGUCUGACCUUAUGAAAGGUACAUACUACAGCAGCUUGGACUCUUUGGACGUCCUCUCUCUCACAGAUGAGACAGACAGCUGUGUCAGUUUUGAGGCCCCACUCACCCCAUUGAUCCAGCAAAGGGUCAAGGAAAGCUCAGAACUCUUGGAGCAAAAACUGGUAGCCCAGCAGAGAGAAGCCCUUCACCACAUGGCUGCUGACAAGCAAGAGCAGGCAGCAGCAAAGCCAGCGGAGGGGGAUUUUGGGAGCCCUCUCAGACACUCAAUUACCAGCAGCAGGUCGGAGAAUGUGCUGAGUCGGUUGUCCUUGAAGAGUAUCCCAAAUGGGUUCCAUGUGGAAGGAUCAGAGGAAGAUACCACCAAGAUCAUCAACUCCAUCAGCGAUGCCAGCUUGAAAGACGCACUGUCAGACUCUGACUCUGACAUGGGCAGCACGGAGCAGCUCGACCAGGGCAGUACAGACACCUUGGCCAACGGCUGCAGGGCAGAUAGCGAGGCCGCCAAGAGACUGGCCAAGCGCCUCUACAACCUGGAAGGGUUCAAGCGCUGUGAUGUGGCACGCCAGCUCGGGAAAAAUAACGAAUUUAGCAAGUUGGUAGCAGAGGAGUAUCUCAGCUUCUUUGACUUCACUGGCCUGGCUCUUGACAAAGCACUCAGGACGUUCUUGAAAGCAUUUCCACUGAUGGGAGAGACGCAGGAGCGGGAGCGGGUGCUGAUCCAUUUCUCUCGGCGAUACUGCCAGUGCAACCCAGAAGAGAGCACAUCCGAAGAUGGGAUUCAUACGCUCACCUGUGCCCUGAUGCUGCUAAACACAGACCUUCAUGGCCAUGUGAAUAUUGGCAAAAAGAUGUCGUGUCAACAGUUCAUAGCAAACCUGGAUGGGCUGAAUGAUGGGAAGGACUUUGCAAAGGAUUUGCUGAAGACACUAUAUAACUCCAUCAAGAAUGAGAAGCUGGAAUGGGCCAUUGAUGAGGACGAGUUGAGGAAAUCCCUGUCGGAGCUGGUAGAUGACAAAUUCGGAGCCAGUGCGAAGAAAGUGACAAGGAUUGUUGACAGCAGCAACCCCUUCCUGGACAUCCCCCAAGCACUGAACGCGGUCACCUACAAGCACGGUGUCCUCACGCGCAAAACCCAUGCAGACAUGGAUGGGAAGAGAACUCCCAGAGGAAGAAGAGGUUGGAAGAAAUUUUAUGCUGUGCUUAAAGGGACCGUCCUUUAUUUACAAAAGGAUGAAUAUAAACCUGACAAAGACCUCUCUGAAGUGGAUCUGAAAAAUGCCAUCCGUGUACACCACGCCUUAGCCACAAAAGCCUCUGACUACAGUAAGAAGUCCAACGUGCUCAAGCUGAAGACAGCUGACUGGAGAGUCUUCCUCUUCCAGGCCCCAAGUAAGGAAGAAAUGCUCUCCUGGAUCCUGAGAAUCAACCUUGUUGCUGCCAUUUUCUCUGCCCCAGCCUUCCCAGCUGCAAUCUGCUCCAUGAAGAAGUUCUGCCGCCCGCUCCUGCCUUCAUCCAUGACCAAGCUGUGCCAGGAGGAACAGCUGAGGUCUCAUGAAAAUAAAAUGAAGCAGAUUGCAGAUGAAUUAGCAGAGCAUAAAUUACAUCCUGUAGAGAAGAGCCUCAAGUCAAAAGAGGCUGAGGAAUACAGACUUAAAGAACAUUACCUAAUAUUUGAGAAAAGCCGCUACGAGACAUACAUCAACCUGCUGUGCAUGAAGAUAAAAGUCGGGACAGAUGACCUGGAGCGAAUUGAAACCAGUUUCUUCAAGGUGGAAGCUGAUGACAUUACUUUGCGGAAGACACAUUCGAGCCCUUCCUUGAGCCAAGGGCACAUGUCUAUCAGCUGUAAGACGGAAAAGGACAUUUUAGAGCAGAACACUUAACAAGGAAUAUGCGCAUAAGGGGAUGAACUGUUGAUGUUUUGCGCUCCUGGACUAGAUCAAUGAGCACAAUUUUACCUAGGAAAUUACAUGAACAAAACCGUAGAUGUGUAUGACACGGUGACUGCUCUAGUGAAAGAAAUCAAAGAAGCUUUAGUUGACACUCUCUGGAAAUGCUCUGGCAUUUCAGCAUCAUAGACACGCCAUUUCUUCUUCAUUCCCAACAACACCAGUGGCUUUUCUUUCCCUCCUACUGCAGCCUGCAAAAUAAGGGAAUGUGCUGGUUCUCCAGGUUGCUCUUUUUUCCACCAGCCCUUUGUCUCCUUCUUCUUCUCUCCCUGGAGUCCCCACCAGCUCACGUCCACAGUUCCCAGAAGUGCAGGAAACUCAGCUGAGACAGCGGUCUGUGGCAGCACCAGCACUCCCAGAGAAGGACACAGAGCUGCAGGGAGCACGUCCGUCCCCCGAGAGGAGCACCGGUCAGCACGUCGUGAUAGGAUGGGUGUCACGAGCUCGUCACCGAGAAAAUGAGAGGCGUCUUCAGUGCAGCAUGUGGGAACAUCAUCUGCCCAUGGCAGAAAAGGCUUGAAGUGCCCUCUGUCACCUUAUCCUUUUUAUAUAUAUAUAUAUAUAUAUAUACAUAUGAAUAUAUAUAAAUAAAUAUAUAUAUAUAUAUAAGGAAACUUAAACGUGGGUUUUUAACCUCAGUGCGCAAGUGAAGGCAAGCUGUCUGGGGAAGGCACUAGGGACUGUGGAGGGUCUGACCAGCACGUCAGGAUGAUUUAUAAAACGCAGUAGCCUGCGUUUCAUUUUUUUGUUUGUUUUGCUUUGUUUUUUUCUCUCUCUCUCAUUUUAUUUUACUCCAAUGGAAAUCCCACCAGGCUUUGCUGUGCAACAUCUCUCUCCUGUUCCUGCUUGUUCAGACAAACUGGCCAAGUGGCUGCGUGUUUAGCAUCCCUGGCAUCCGCCACCCUGGGUUCAAGGCACAAUUGGAGCUGUGCUUCAGAUCCGGCUGAACCUUUGUGUGCAGGAGUGAUUCUCCCUGCCCAUCAAUGUUGUACUUCAUUUUGCGACGCAUAUGCUUUUAAGCGGGGAAUUGUGUUUCUGUUCCUUUCUGCUGUCUGUGGUCCAAUGAUUUACUGUUGUGCUAGAAGUGAUUCCUCUACAUUUCAAUGCCGCAACUGUCCUCCCACUCUUUAUUUAUUUAUCUCACUGUUUGGUUUGGUUCUUUAUCUCAGAUUGUUUUUCUUUCCCCCAGGUGCAUUCACAGUAAUCAAGUUCCAGUUUUGAAGGAUCUUGUAGCUGCUAAUUACAGUCAUUUGUGGUUUAUAUUUUGCAGCAUUUUUUUAAACAAACAAAAUAAGAUUUAUUGGGACCUUCGAAGUUUGAGAGCGUAUGGACUACUGUUUUCCAUGAUGGUUCAUGAUACUGAAAACCUCUGUCCAACUUUGUCACCUCUUCUUUUAUCUCUGUUUCUUUGUACAGUUUGAUAGUUUAUUUGAAAUGAUGCACUAAGACUCAUGUAGAAAAGAAUAACAAUAAAGCUGAAUCUGUUGGUAAAGAGAA